CGAGAGAGUUUGGGCCUGAAGGGUACAAUCAGUACAAUGCUAAGAUUUUCACGAAUUCUUUGUAACUAUAAAUUUGGCAUUCCGUUGGCUUCUAACAGCAAGGUAGUAAGACUGUAUUCGAUGUACAGUAGUGGUAUUAAGAACAGUAUGGAUAGCAUAGACGGUAUUCGUGUCAUCGAUGUUCGAAGUGAUACAGUUACAAAACCCACYUAUGAGAUGAGGCAAGCAAUGGCCUCUGCUGAAGUUGGUGAUGAUGUAUUUGGCGAAGAUCCAACAGUAAACCGUCUUCAAGAAAAAGCAGCAAAAUUACUUGGUAAAGAAGCAGCUCUGUUUGURCCAUCAGGAUGCAUGGGAAAUCUCAUUUCCAUCAUGGUUCACUGUCCUCAUCGUGGUGAUGAAAUUCUUGUUGGGGAUAAAUCUCAUGCCAUGAAAUAUGAACAAGGAUCAUCAGCUCAGUUUGGAGGAGUGUUUUCCAGGCAGGUUUACACUAAUCCUGAUGGGACAUUGGACUUAGAUGAUUUAAAAAGAAAAAUAAGUGAUGGUGUUGAUUGUCAUUCCACUCAUACCAAAGUCAUCUGCAUAGAGCAGACCCAUAAUGUUACUGGAGGCUGUGUUUUGCCACUUUCAUAUAUCGAUAAGAUCAAUGAUAUAGCUAAAGCCAAUAACUUAGCACUACACAUGGAUGGUGCAAGGUUGUUCAAUGCUGUUGCUGCCCUCGAUGUUCCUCCUUCAAAAAUAGUGCAUCACAUGGAUUCUGUCAUGUUUUGUUUAUCAAAGGGUCUGGGGGCUCCUGUAGGAUCCAUGAUUGUAGGCUCAAAAGAAUUUAUACAAAAAUGUCAUAGAGUAAGAAAAGCUAUUGGUGGAGGAAUGAGGCAAGCUGGURUUAUUGCUGCYGCUGGUAUUUAUGCACUUGAUCACAUAGCACCUAACCUUAUUGAAGAUCACAAGAAUGCUAAGAAACUUGGAGAAGAAAUUGACAAACUCGACGGCGUUGAAGUAAAUCCUAAAGUCAUAGACUCAAACAUGGUGUUCUUUGAUGUGACCAGUGCUAAAGUGACAGCUGAUGAUAUAGUUGAGAGAAUGGGUACAUGUACAGAUGACAAAGAACCAUUUAUAGUAAAGUUAUUGGCUUUCACUUCAAAAAGAAUACGAAUUGUACUUCAUCAUCAGGUCCUCACUAGCGACAUUGACAAGAUAGUACACAAACUAAAGAAUGCUUUACAGGAAUAAUGAUUGUUUUAACUUUAUCCCUUKCCAUCAUAAAGGGGUUAACCAUAAUAUGAAUUCUAGGAAUAAUGGUAAUUGAUUUUAACCCUGAAAUUUUUGAGAGAAAACAUUUAAAGAGCAAAGCAAAUAAACUGUUGGGGCUGCUAAAACGAAAUUGUCCACUACUGACAAAACCGGCUGUAAGAAGAACACUAUAUCUUUCUCUCGUUAAGUCACAGUUGUGUUUUGGCUUGCAAGUUUGAUCCCCUAGUCACAUCUACCUACAAGGCAAAAUUGAGUGCGUACAAAGGAGAGCAACAUGCUGAAUCUUACAAACAAGGGUCGGGGAAAUGACAUAUAAGGAAAGACUUGUUAUUUACUACCAUUAGUAUACGAUAGGGAAACUAUUUAUGUUUGCUCAAUAAUUAAUUAUUAUUCUUAUCUUUUCUUUUGCAUUUCAUUUGUAACAGCGCGCACAGUUUUUUUGGAUUGCACACGCAAAAACAGUUUGAUUUCAGUUUAAAUGUGUUUUUGUUUUUGUAACGUCUUUGUGUUCCCUAAAGA